CGUGCGCCAGAAGAGCGCAACGUGCAACAAGCAACCACCGACCGAGCUGCCUAUUAUUCUUUAUCCUUCUCUCCCUUGCUUUCGUCCAUUCCAUCCGCCCGUCUCUCUUACACACUUCCCUGCCAUCGAUUCCCUGUCGCCGUCUCAUCCAGCAGCUCCUCGCACUUCUCGGCCCUUAUCCCAUAUCAAUUGGCCACCGUCCAAAUCGCGGGGAAAGCUUAGGGCACCAUGCUUCGUCAGCUUAGCAGCAUCCUUGCCGCCUCCACCCUCCUGGUGGGUAUUGUCUCUGCGCAGCAGGCCCCGACUCUACCCAGCUGUGCCACUAGCUGCGUGAGCAGUCUCCUCCCCGCCAGCUGCAACGGCAAUCCAACAUGCAUCUGCAACACCGCGUCCUUCCUCGACGGAAUCGCCUGCUGCGUCUUCCAGGCAUGUGAUCCCGCAGAUCAAACGGCCGCCCUAGCCUAUGCACACAGCAUUUGUGACCCGGUUGGAGCUUCGUCGCUUUUGCCCGCCUCGGCAACCUGCAUCUCGACUUCAAGCGGCAGCGCAACCUCCUCGGCUUCCGGGUCUGGCUCUAGCACGGCCGGCGCCACAGGUGGAUCGACCACCUCAGCCGCCAGCAGCGCUGCCAGCGAAGCCUCCUCUGCGUCUGCCGCUGCCUCUAGCGCCAGCGCCAGCGCCUCCUCAUCGUUGAGCAGUGCCUCUGCGUCCCUCAAAUCUGCUGCGUCCAGCGCCAGCGCGUCCCUCUCUUCGGCCGUAAACAGUGCCAGCCAAUCUUCCUCUUCGACGACGGCGAGCCCCACGGGUGCUGCCAACCAGUUGGCGAUCGGGUUUGGUGCCGUCGGCGCCGGGAUGUUGGGGUUGGCGGCUCUGUUGUAGGUGCGGAUGGCGAGAGGAAACUUAUACCGACGAUCCUGCUUGGAGAGGAGGGCGGGUUCAAAAGUUGGAAAUAGUUCGGAUGUAAUGCGGCCAGAUAUGUGAUAUCUGUUUGGAUCUACCCUUUUUGUGACCUAGGAGAAUAUGCACAAGCAUUUCAUUAGCAUGGCCACCACGCAGGGAGAGAUAACUUGUGCUGUGUUGCUCGGGCCUGUACCGGUCAAGCUAGGUGUUGUUGCCCUUAUUACACAGCUCGACGGUGUUUCAUUCAUCGUCUUCUGCCUCCCUGCGUCUGGCCAACACUUUGGCAACCUCCCGCCCCUCC